CCGGGGGGCGGUGUCGGUGCGGCGCGGCCGCCGCUGCGGCGCUCCCGGGGCUCGGUGCCGCGGCGGCCCGAUGGACCGAUACGUGCUCAAGCGGGCGGCGAGCGGCCAAGAGCCCCCCGGGCCGCGGGCGGCGGCGGCGGCGGGGGAGGCCGGGCCCCGCGGCGGGAAGAGGCCGCGGCGGGAGGCGGCGGGCGCGGAGCCGCCGCCGCCGUGGCGGGAGAUCCGGGCGGAGGGGCUGAGGUGCGACUACGGGGUGCUCUUCGGCGCAGCCGAGGCGGACGGGAUUUUCCAGGAGCUGGAGAAGGAGGUGGAGUACUUGGGAGGUGAGCUGACAAAAUUGCAUGUGUUUGGCAAAUGGCAUAGCAUUCCAAGGAAGCAGGUGACCUAUGGCGAUCCUGAGUUAACAUACACUUACUCAGGCGUUACCUUUUCCCCUAAGCCGUGGAUCCCAGUUCUCGACCAUAUCAGAGACCGCGUUGCUUUGCACACUGGACAUACUUUUAAUUUUGUCCUUAUUAACAGGUAUAAAGAUGGUUGUGACCACAUAGGUGAACAUCGAGAUGAUGAAAGAGAACUGGUUCCACGCAGUCCUAUUGCAUCUGUGUCAUUUGGAGCUUGCAGAGACUUUAUUUUCAGGCAUUGUGAUUCCAGAGGGAAAAACGCAACACGCCACAUUAAGCCCAUCAAACUGCAACUAGCCCACGGUAGUCUGCUGAUGAUGAAGUAUCCCACCAACGUGUAUUGGUAUCACAGCCUGCCCAUCCGCAAGAGAGUACUUGCCCCAAGAAUCAACCUGACAUUUCGGAAAGUGAUGCCUCUAGCCGGAAAGUGAAACGUUUAGCAACAGGAGAGAAAUGGAGCCAAAGACAACCACCAAAAAUCAGCCAAAGAGAUGAGCAAAUGAUUUCUGCACAGGACCUAGGAUGGAUGUUAAAUUCUAUGACUACACAAACUCCCAAUAAAGAGAUAGAAUAAAAGAAAACAAGAUUUGCAGAGACAGGGAUUGUAAGAUAGGUACAAAUCUCUAACUUACCUGCAUUCAGGGAACGCAGUAAGUGGAAAAGUUCCCGAGGACAUUAAAAAUGAAGGGGAGCAGGCACCAUUCAUAAAGAGUGAUUUAGUGCUACAUGACUGCUCUGCAUCUGCCAAAGAAAGUAGAGAGUAACUUAUCUUUUGUGUUACAAAUCAGUAAAACUGUUUCUACAGUGCCUUCCAUCAGAGGAUGUGAGAGUUCUCUACUUAUUUUAAUUAACUACAUGUCACAAUGCUGUAGAGAUGCAGAGCAAUAUAAUAUCCAAAGACAGUGGUAAUUGUUUUUACAUGACAAAUAUAAAAAUGACCACUUUUACAGAAUCCUUACUAUGUGAAAUACUGAGUUGCCUAAGUGACAUAAAUUAUUAGAUAGAUUUUCUAAUUGUAAGAAGCUACCAUUCUUACAGAAUCCUUUCUGUGCUUGUGCUGAAGCAUUAGAAGAGAUUACUAACAAGAUAAUCUUUAGGAUGACUUCCUGACUUCAACAUGCACUCAUCCUUUGGACUAAAACAUGCCAACUUUACACUGGUUUUCUUGUUGUUUUGUUUGGUUUUUGUUUUGUAUUUAGCAGAAUCAAAUUAAACGGUAAAAAAUGAACUGUAUACCUGGACCAGGGUAUCUCAAUGCUUGCCAGAAAAAAGGACUCUACUUGUCCUCUUAGCACACAUCCAAAGAUGCACAUUCACUAUAUGCAUCCUAUAUUCAUUCUGCAGAUUAGAAUGCUUUGUUUAUCACUGAAAUGUAGAAAUAACCAAUAUAUUUUAUU